UAUGGGUGGGUGAGGUGGGGGUGUCUCUGGCUGUGAGGCUGGGGACGGCCGCAGCCCAUCAGAAAAUGCUUUCUGAAGUCCCUGGGGGUGCGCAGGAUUUUUGGGGCUGGUAGUGAUUUCUGUUGCUUUGCAUGUUGUGACCCUUGUUUGUGAGCAGCUGCCCUUGUUAUGGUUCCUUGCUGCAAUGCCUUGUGCUGCUCUCUGCUGCCUGGACCAGCCCUCAUUUGGAGUGACAGUGGCUCUGGAGUGUGAUCUAGUUCUGCUGCAGCGUGGGCCCAUGCAUGAGCAGCCUGAGCCUACGGCCUCUGGAUCACUCCCAAUCAGCCUCUCCAAGGGGAUUCCACACUACGGUCUUUGAUCCCCAACUGAGUCAUCGCCGACUUGAUCCAAGAUGCCACCGGCCAUUGGAGGCCCCGUAGGAUACACUCCUCCUGAAGGAGGAUGGGGUUGGGCUGUGGUCAUCGGAGCCUUCAUCUCCAUUGGCUUCUCCUAUGCCUUCCCCAAAUCUAUCACAGUGUUCUUCAAAGAGAUUGAGGUCAUCUUCAAUGCGUCCAGCAGCAAAGUCUCCUGGAUCUCCUCCAUCAUGCUGGCUGUUAUGUAUGCAGGAGGUCCCAUCAGCAGCAUCCUGGUGAACAAGUACGGCAGCCGGCCCAUCAUGAUCGCGGGUGGCUGCCUGUCCGGCUGCGGGCUGAUCGCAGCCUCCUUCUGCAACACGGUGGAGGAGCUCUACUUCUGCGUGGGGGUUAUUGGGGGCCUUGGACUUGCCUUCAACCUGAACCCUGCCUUAACCAUGAUCGGCAAGUACUUCUUCAAGAAGCGUCCCCUGGCCAACGGGCUGGCAAUGGCAGGCAGCCCCGUCUUCCUCUCUACCCUGGCACCCGUCAACCAGCUCUUCUUUGGCAUAUUUGGCUGGCGUGGCAGCUUCCUCAUCCUGGGUGGCCUCCUGCUGAACUGCUGCGUGGCUGGAUCCCUGAUGCGGCCCAUAGGUCCCAAGCCAGAUCAGCUGAAGAAAGAGGCCACAAAGGAAGUGCAGCAGGAGGCUGGGAAGGCACGGAAAAAGGAUAAUGGUGACACCAGCACAGACCUCAUUGAUGGAAAGACCAAGAAAGAGAAGACCUCAUUAUUCCAGACGAUCAACAAAUUCUUGGACCUGUCUCUAUUCACACACAGGGGCUUCCUGCUCUAUCUGUCAGGCAAUGUGAUCAUGUUCUUCGGGUUGUUUGCUCCCUUGGUCUUCCUCAGCAAUUACGCAAAGAGCAAGAAGAUUGCUAGUGACUCUGCAGCCUUCCUGCUCUCCAUACUGGCCUUUGUGGACAUGGUGGCCAGACCUUCCAUGGGACUGAUGGCAAACACAAAGUGGAUCAGACCCCGCAUCCAGUAUUUCUUUGCCAUCUCUAUUAUUUAUAAUGGGGUUUGCCACCUCUUGGUCCCCAUGUCCACCAGCUAUGCUGGCUUCUGCAUUUAUGCUGGCUUCUUUGGCUUUGCCUUUGGCUGGCUGAGCUCAAUCCUGUUCGAGACCCUGAUGGACCUGGUGGGAGCUCAGCGGUUCUCCAGUGCUGUUGGCCUGGUGACCAUCGUGGAGUGCUGCCCUGUGCUUCUGGGACCCCCUAUGCUAGGGAAGCUCAAUGACAUGUAUGGUGACUACAAGUACACGUACUGGGCCUGCGGGGUUGUCCUGAUCAUCGCAGGGAUCUACCUCUUCAUUGGGAUGGGCAUCAACUAUCGCCUGGUGGCAAAGGAGCAGAAGGCGGAGGAGAAAGCCAAGAGUGAAGGGAAGGAGGAAGAGACCAAUGUUGAUGAGGCUGAGAAGCAGAAAGGGGCAAAAAAUGAUGUGGCCCCCUCACCUCAGAAGAACGUGGAGGAUGGUGUCAAAGAGGAGGAGAGCCGCAUGUGAGGGACCGGAGUCAAUCCCGGGGUGUUGGGGAAGCGCCGCUGCCCCGGGGCGGCGGCCGGGGCAGAGCUCUCCUGGCGCUGGGCGGCCGUAAGAAGUGUUUAAACCUGGUGUUCAUUUUUAAACAGGCUCUGAGUUGUCUUUCCAUCUGUGUUAAACAAAGGUAACAGGACUACACAUGCAGUAUCCUCGUGUGUCCAGGGGCAGGGGGGCUUUUAUAGUCUGGCUUUUUAACAGUAACAUGAAUGUACUAAUAUGUGCCUUACAGUCUCCAUAUCUAGCUGAAUCUGAAUGAGCCUUAACUCUUAAACUGUGCUUUAGCUCUGUAUUCUGCUUGGGGUUUGGGGGUGGGGGGAUAUGUGUGUGUUUUGGGGAGUUGUUAGAAAGCCAUAAAAAGCAGGAUACUGGAUUUGUUGAAGCAAGAUGGGCUUCAGGGCCGGCCCUGGAUGAAUACUGCUUCACACGCUUCUUACUGCAGGCCCUCUGCAGGGGAGGUGCGGGCAUGGGGCGAGGUGCUCCUCAAACCCCGUUCCCAGUGCCUCCUGGCUCUCUAGGUGGUCUUUAGGUAUGUUUUGAAAACACUUUAGCUACUGUAGUUCUUUAAAAUCCCUGUUUUUGUAGUUGUUCUCUCAUGGGAUAUUCAGGUUGAAGAAAGAUGACUGCAGUUCUCGUUGGGCAGCGUCACCCACUGCAGGGCUGUGGCAGCCCUGCUUGCCCAAGCCUUCCUUGGGGAGUGUUGGGGUCCCCCCGCCUCCCCACUCUGCCUCAAUAGUGCCUCUUCUCAGCCCACUGCUGGGGGAUGUGAAAUGGGCUCAGGUUGUGGUGCUGGCAUUCACGCUUCCGUCAGCUGUGCUUCCCCAUCCUGCCCAUGGGGUGGGAUUCCACCAGAGCAUCCCCUCCAGCCAAGUGUUCUGGGGGCCUGACCUUGGGCAGAGUGAUGAGGUGGGUGGAGAUGGUACAUCCCUGAGACUUUUUCUGCUUUUGCUCUUUUAUCUGUUAGAGAAACCUCUUUUACUUGCUUCUGUUCAACUGAGAUCUUAAGGCGAUGGAUGCUGAACCUCUCACAUCUAGGACACGUAAGGGGGAGGAAAGAAUUUGUACGUAUUUAUUUUUUAUUUUUUAGUGUUGGAAAAUAUCUCAACGUACGUGGAGCAGGUUAAUGGCUCUCAAGUUCUAGUAAAUGUUGAUCAGAAUUCAUGUUAAGAGGCUGAGUUUUUUCAAAUAAACUUGUUUUUUUACAAUUUA